CGCAAACUCGCCAACAGGACUUUUAUGGUGAAAGCCACAACCGGAAGUGAGGCUGUCAUGGCGGCUGCAGCUAGCUUGAUGCUAGUGUGAAAGAAGCACACGAUAGCUUGUGAAGGACGGGAGAGAAAUACAGCUGCUGCCCGGAACACGUUUACAUCUUCUUAACGUCUCGGCGCCAUAAAACUAUAGAAGCAGAAACUCGGGCAUACAAAAAAAAGGGCUUCAGCCAUGUCAGGACAGAGGAAAGGAGCUGCAUCGCGGCUGCUGAAAUGUGCCUUCUGCCGAACCAACCGGGACAAGGAGUGCGGGCAGCUGCUGUUGUCCGACAGCCAGAAGGUGGCAGCCCACCACAAGUGCAUGCUUUUCUCCUCUGCUCUGGUCACAUCUCACUCUGAAAAUGAAAAUAUUGGAGGGUUUUCCAUCGCGGAUGUGAAAAAGGAGAUCAAGAGGGGAAAUAAAUUGAUGUGUUCUUCAUGUCACCGGCCGGGCGCUACCAUCGGCUGCGACGUGAAGACGUGCCGGAGGACGUAUCACUAUUACUGCGCUGUGAAGGACAAAGCCCAGAUCAAAGAGAAUCCCUCACAAGGGAUUUACCUCGUUUACUGUCGCAAACACCGGGAUGCUUCUCAGGAUGGCAUUCAAGAUGAGGAAGAAGGUGUGGCCAACGAUUCGGACUCAUCGCCUUCACAAGGCAGGGGCAGAGGAAGGUUCGAGAAGGGCAGAGCGAAGGUGGGAUCUCGCGGCCAAUCAGAAGACACUCGCUCCACCUCCUCGCAGGCGGCAGACGAAGAGAGCUCUUCCCACCGGGAUAGGUCACCUCUGCGGUCAAGCCCGGGAGAAAGCGGCCAGCGCUGCGGCUUCUGCCACGCCGGUGAGGAAGAGAAUGAAACAAGGGGCAUGCUUCAUAGCGAUAACUCCAAAAAGGUGGCAGCACACUACAAGUGCAUGCUUUUUUCGUCGGGAACGGUCCAGCUGACCACCACAUCGCGGGCUGAAUUCGGGAACUUUGACGUGAAAACGGUCAUCCAAGAAAUCAAGAGGGGAAAAAGAAUGAAAUGCACACUCUGCACUCAGUUGGGUGCUACCAUUGGGUGUGAAAUCAAAGCAUGUGUGAAGACCUACCACUAUCACUGCGGCGUGCAGGACAAAGCCAAGUACAUAGAAAACAUGGCGCGUGGUAUCUACAAACUAUAUUGUAAGAACCACAGUGGCAAUGAGGAGAGGGAUGAGGAAGACGAGGAACGAGAGAAUCGCAGUAGAGAAAGGGCAGCAAUCGACCACGGAGGAAGACCGUCAACGCAAGUGAAUGGCAACUAGGUUGGCCCGAUCGAUGUGACGUGGGGGGAAAAAAACAGAAGAACUCAAAGACAGGGGGAAAGAUAUUUUUUAUACUAAAUCCAAGCCUACUCACAAAGUCGUGGUGUACAAGUUCCCACGAGUCGUUCACAUUUCCCCCCCCCCUUCUUUUUUUUUUGGACAGGAUAUCCCAGAUUUUUUUUUGACUUGACUGAAUGAGCUUUCACAGACUGGUUGUACUCUGCAGCUCUCUGGACCGCUGCAGGAUCGUGAAAAGCCACGGCUUAUCUUAACCAGGAGUCAUUUAUGGGCUAAGUUUCAAACAUGUGUACUAUUGCCAUGAAUAAGACCUGAAUGGACUGAUCUUUUCGAUUGUCACUCACUGCCUGUGUCCCCACAGAUUACACAACCUACACAUGCUGAAAACAGAUACAGAACCAGUCAAAAAACUUAGACCCACUUUCUCAUUCAAGUUGAAUGGGAAGGUGCGUCUAAACUUUUGACUAGUGCUGUACAUUCUUUCUCUUCCUUAGCUUUGAAGGACUCACUUUUAAGAGGGGUCUGUUUGUUACUAGUCUCUCUAUAAAGUUGUGCAGUUUGAUUACUUUGUUUCUGUAAUCAUGUCUUAAAAAAACCUCUUUGUUAGCCUUUCUUUCUUGAUAUGUAAUAUUUUGCUACUGUAUUAUCAUCAUGAGUAAUUUUGAAUAUCUGGAUUUCAGACAGUCACGAGUACAAGUUUUGCCAGCAUGCACUUGGAUUUUCCCACUGUUAAAGGUGGCAUUGUUUUUAUUUAGCUGCUAAAGGGCAAAGUAGAGCUCUUUAGAGGCGUUGGCUUGACUUUGUUUGAUGUACUGUUACUUGUAUCUCUACAAAUGUA